GCAACUCUCCCGACGGCGACAGCGGACGCACGAACGGAAUGCAGCGGCCGCGGCGAGGGGCGCGGGCGGGGGCUACUGCUGCCGCGACGACGCUCGGUGCUGUCCGCCCGCCAGUCAGCCGCGCGCCACCGGUACGAGUGUUGUUCCAGCGCAGCGUCAACACAGUUUCUCAUCGUGCAGCGGAGUAUGCUUAAGCAGAUGUCCUCGCCGGCUGACGCGCAAUUCGGCGAGGUCACGACAGUCGCGCGCGCCUUCGAAGGCCGCCUCCUCGGCGACGUGUCCUCUGGCGCUUCUUCAGACACCGCCGAAGAUUUUGAAUUGCCCCACUGUAAGAUAAGAAGAAACUACAACUGUACAAAGUGCACGUUCUACACUCAAAAUCCACGCGCUUAUCUGGUACACACGCGUGACACUCAUUUCGUUAAGUUGAAGAUAUAUGAAUGUCCCCACUGCAUCUAUGCCUCGAGGCACAAUCAGAAACUCGUAAGACACGUUAAGAUGGUCCAUGAUGACUUACUUUUGCAAACGACCGCAAAAGUCGAUUUCGAGAUGCCCCAAACAAAUGGUGGCUAUGUUGAAAUUGAAUCGCAAGAACGGCAAGAUAGAAUGGAAGAUAUGCUAGAAGAGAUCGAGGAAAUCGACGAUAUACAGCUUGACAUGGAUGAGUGCACUGAUGAUAAGACUGACCGUUCUUGCGAAAUAGAAUUUGAAGAAGAACGAUUUAGAGGCGACACUCCGUUGAAAGGCAAGGAUAAACUUUUCUCCUGCGAUAAGUGUAACUAUGUGACACAUUUACGAGCGCGAUUCACCAAGCACGUCAAAUAUCAUUCGAUGCCCAUGAUCAAAUGCAUAGUUUGCGACUUUAGAACACCGUACAAAUGGAACUUAGAUCGUCACAUGAAAAAUCACGGUGGUAUCGGAAGUUUUAAAUGUUCAAUGUGCAACUUUACUGCGGAUAUAAAGCAGAGUUUGACUGUACAUGAAAUGAAUCACCACACGCCACAGGCGGGCCACUCGCACGUCAAUCGUCGUCGCAAUCGGGUGGGCGCCAGUGACGCAGCACAAGCGGACGAAGCGAGUUUGCUUCUCAUAAAGGAAGAGGAAGGGAGCGGCGAUUCACGAUCCUCACACUCCGCUUCGGAAAUGGGAUUACAGAAUAUGGAGAAGGACCUCUCCUGUAAUAGUGAUUCAAACGACACCUCGGAAGCUCCAAACAAGAUCUCACAUUUUGUUCACAAUGAUCACAGUCAGCAGUCGCCGAGCAGCGGCACAGACGACUCAAAGGGACAAAGGAAUAAAAAAACUCCUCGACCCCUGCCCCAACUCAUACCCCUAAACACGUCAACGCCCAAUCAAAACAAAACCACUAACAAUGAGCCGCCAGCCAAAAAAAUGAAAUUAUGCUCAGAUACCGAAACGCCCGACACUAUGAUUUGUAAUCCAGAAAGUCCUACAUACGACAAUUGCUUUACCAAUAAUACAUUUAUGAAGGAUACCGAGUGCCGAAAGAAAAACGAAUCAUUCUUUGACAAACUAAAAAAGCGACUGUUGACAGAAACCGGCGAGGAGGGAUCGCUUAUAUGCAAAAACUGUAGCUUUCAAAGCAAAUGUUUGUCAGAGCAUUCGGUACACGAAAAGAAUUGCAUACCAUUAGCGAGCAAAAGCAUGACAAACACGCUAAUGCCUAGUUCAGGUUCAACGCGUUGCCAGAACUGUAGACACAGAUGUAAAUCGAGUGCCGAUCUAUAUGUUCAUAUGCAGAGCUGUGGGAAAAGUACUAAUUUGAAACAAAAUGAAAUUUCUCACGACCAGAAUUCGGCAAGCGACGCCGGUAAUAUAAAUCGUGAUAAAGACGUUGAACCGCAUCCAAUGGAGAACGUUGUUUUUGUUUGGAACAAUAUCGAGCCGAACGAGCCAAACAAGUUCGAAAUACCAUUAGACAUAAACAUAAAUGACGAUUCAACGCUUCCAGAUAUGACGCGAACCUACGAAAUUGAGUUAGUCGAUGAAAACGAAAGUAUGAACUUAUCGCCGAGUCAGGCGGCCGGUAAAAACGUGUUCAAAUGUCCUCAUUGUUCCUUCUGGGCCUCGACUGCGUCCAGAUUCCACGUCCACAUCGUAGGACAUUUAAAUAAAAAACCAUUCGAGUGCUCUAUCUGCAAAUAUAAAUCGAACUGGCGGUGGGAUAUAACGAAGCAUAUCAAAUUAAAAUCCGUUAGAGAUCCAGAUCACAACGAUGCCAAAGUAUUGAUGACCGAUGAAACGGGCAGAAGGAAUUACAGCAAGUACACUAAAUUCUUAGCUAUACCUGUGCCUAAUGAAAAUGGAAAAACUGAAUUUCGUUAUCUCGAUCCGAACACUUACGUUGACGAUACUAUGGAUGUCGACGACCCCGCCGACGAAUUCAACGAUACCAAUACAAUAUACGAUAUGCAACCGUUAAACCUCCAAACUAAGCACUUUGAAUUCCAAACAUCACUUGAAUCAAUCGCAAAUCAAGAUAAGAAAGUAAUAAAAAGGACACUCUGGAAGUGUAAAAAGUGCAAUUACAAAGAUCCAUCAAAGGAUGCGUUAUUAGAGCACGUCCGUGAACACGCCAAGGUGGAAGGUGCGAGUGAUGAGGUACGAAAUAAGAAACCAGAAAGUUCUAUAGAUCCAGCGGACUUGGCAUAUCGUUGUGGGCAUUGCCACCAGCUAUCGAAUUGGAAACACGUAAUACAGCGUCACUGUCGCUUGAAGCAUAACGGCGUUAUAAAAGUCAUAACAACGGUCAAACAGAAGCCAGAACUGAACAGUGCCGUUGGAUCGUUAACAAUCGACGACAUCACAUCUGACUUUUGUACCAAAUGUCCAUUCAAAUCGAACGACAAACAAGCACUCUUUAUUCAUUUACAACAACACCAACCGUCAACAAACUCCGUAUUUAAGUGCUACUUUUGUCCAUUUUUUGUGAAAAACGAAAGUGAACUGAUACAACAUUUACAUGUUCACGGCGUGGAAGAUCCAGAAGAUUUUAUCUCUAAGGCCAGGGGUUGUAGAUCGCCAUUGCCAGAUUUAGCCUCUGCCUUAACGCCCCAAGGUGCUUCGACUAAACGACAUAGAUGUUCAGAAUGUCCAUAUGAGACAAAUAGCAAAUCGCAGUAUAUGUAUCACGAACAAUUUCACCGGCUACCUGCUGAUACUCCUUAUAAAUGCCCCGAAUGUAACUAUAGCGUUUCGAAACGGCAUUUGCUUCAUCAACACCUACGAGUGCAUGGAAUCCAUCCAAAGAAAAAUGAGAGCGAAGCGGAGCUAGAACUAAUGUUAAGGGCAGACGAUAUUUCCGAUGCGGCCUCAAAUUCGUUCAAUGAAAUUCCGUUUGUUUGGGUGUCGGCUAAAAACGAGUUCCACAAAAUGUACAAAUGUCGUUAUUGUUCGUAUGUGAAUUCGCAAAAAUGCAAAAUCCCAAUACACGAGAAAAUUCAUUGCCUCGUUUUCGAAAACGACGCAUCCGUUUACUACAAAUGCUCCGAAUGUAAGUUUACUUUUGACAAUGCGGUAAAAUUGGCCGAACAUUCCAAAUUACACGGUGACUUAUACGGACGGAUUUAUUGCCCCGUCGCGGACGACAUUCCUGACGAUGAACAAGUGGCUAAAUUACGUAAGGUCAUUGAACUUGAAAAAUCGGGAAAUAAUGAUUCGUCGCCCCUUCAUGAGGAUGGUGAAAGCAAAGAAAUCAAAACUUUGUAUUUCUGUCAACUGUGUCCUGCACGUUAUUUUACGGAUACCGAACUACAAGUUCACGAUAAAAAUCAUAAUUCAAACCUCUCCGUCAAAUGUAAAAACUGCAACUUCGCGGUAUCAGAAGAAAGUGAAUUGGUUUUACAUGCCGUAGCUCAUUCUGAUGAGUACCACACGAAAACCAGAAUGCUUAAAUUCGCCCACAAUUCUCAUCCUGCCCACAGGCCGCCUUGUUUGGAGUCUAUUCGGACCGAAAGUGGCGUUGAAAUUUGGGUGAUCAAUCACAAUAAAAAACAUGAAAUUGUAGAACUAAACAACAAGAAAUCCCAAGAAGUCAAACAUACACCUAAACAAUAUAAUUGUAAAGAAUGUCCCGCCAAAUUCUUUAAAGGUUCUGCUCUGAAUUACCACAUGGGCUUACACGGCGGCGAAGGCGAAUAUAAAUGUAAAAGUUGUAGUUAUGCUGUCAAAAACAUUGGCAAUUUGGCAAAACACGAAGCAUUACAUGAAAAAGAAAAUAAAAAUUCCAAUGGCGAUUAUGAAUCAGGGGAAGACGCGGAUUACAAAAACAUUCCAAUUUCAGGAACAGACUUAUUCCAGAGAAAGACCGAAGCGCAGAAAAGAGUACUCACCGAUAAAGAUAAAUUAGUUAAACCCAACGAUCACUUUCCACCCGUGCUUCAAGCCGAUCCACAAUUCGGAUUUUUGAUGCAUGGUAAUCCAGAAUUCAUAUAUCCAACUUAUCUUAAAAACGGACGUCAGAAAGAAAAACGAUACAAAUGCCAUAAAUGUCCGUCUGCGUUUGAAAAAAGGGAACAAUAUAAAAUACAUUUAUCUUUACAUGGCUCAAAACAGAGGUACAAGUGUGAGCUUUGCGACUACUCCGUUAAAUAUUAUGCAAAUUAUGUCCAACACAUGCGGAAACAUCAAAUGAACGAUGAAGCACAAGCCGAGAGGAAGAAGGGCGGUUGUGAUUUCGUCGAAACUGAAAUACAAGAUUCAGAUAAUUUGAAAGGUCCGGAAUGUGCGGAUAACCUUAAACUGGCAGUCAAAACAAUUCCAAAAGGAAUGCCUAAAACGGACUUCCAACAAUUUUCAUAUAGAGAUCAACAAACACUACGCUUAUUACAACGCAGGCGAUCAAUGUCUUCUAUUAACAAAGAUGCAAGUGCAACUGAAUCUACAAAUAAGCGUAAAUUGCACUCGUGUCUUCUGUGUCCUUACACUAACCAUCGCCAGGACGCUUUAAAUAACCAUUACAAAAGACAUGACGAUACGGACCUCGUUAACGUUGCAAACUCUGCAAAUCAUAAAUGUAAUUAUUGCGAUUUGAUAGUCCUACAAUCACAUUUCUUGAAAGAACAUUUAAAAACACACUUUAACUAUCAGAAAGCGUUGACUCCUGAAUGUUUUGUUGCAAGUGAAGACGUCAAUUUUACAAUCACUAAAAUCGACAAUGAAAGUCAGCCAUACGAUCUCAGAUUAGAAAUUCAAAAUAAAAAUUUGACAUGCAACACUGAUAAAAUAUUUGUCAACAUUAAAACUGGUGAAUUAUUGGUUUAAUAAUUUCUAAUAGUUUUUCUUGUGUUUAUGGUCAAGUGAAAUAUGGUAUGGAAACCAAAUAAUUGCUUUUUAAAUAAAAUGUUUUUGUCCUAAUCAUUAUUAGAUACUUGCCAUAUUAGAUUAGCAAUUUGAUUUUAAAUCUUUGUGCUAAAAUUAAACUCAAUUACUGAAAUUUGGAAGGUCACAAAGAUAGUAUAUUUUUAGAUACAUGUAAACUUUGGCAAAUACUAUACCAUGAAAGCAGUGCAAAUAUAUGUAAAAUGGGUGACACUGCUAUUAAAAACAUGAUAACAUUUAAACAGUGGAAUAUAGUAUAAAUUAUAGUUAGUUUUGAACAUUAUUGUAUCUCAACAGAUUGAUAGCUGCAAUUACUUAUUGUAUAAAUACUUUAUAUAAAUUAUUGUACCUGUUGCUGCUUGCAUUCAUUAUUCAAUUGCUAAAUAAUUUUAGUUUAAGAAACUGAUGUUAAAUUCGUCAAGUUUGUCUUCAUUUAUAAUUCAAAAUAUUUAUGUAUAAUUAGUUGAAUACCAUGCAAUGAUAUAAUUGGUUGUUUCUAACUGAUUAAACUGUUAUUAAUCCAAAUACAUCCUUUAAGGAUAUGUAAUUUAGAAAAUAAAGGUAAUCACACAUAAAUUGUGAUGCAUAUGAAACUUUUGUUUUAAUGUUAAUUUAAUAAUGUACAGUUAAGUGACAUUUUCUUUAAUUUUAUUAUAAAAUAAAACUGAUG